AUAAGCAAACAGAUAAGACUCGACGCGAGGCUCGUGUGUUGUGAUAUUAAAAAAAAAAAAAAAAAAGUACCGCGAGAGAAUGAAGUGAGAGAACUCGGAAAGUUAGAGACGAGGGGGAUCAAAAGUGUAUAGCAGCCAUGUACAAAAGUGUUCCUACAAUUCAAUGGAAAAACAACUGGAAAAACUUGAAAAGACUUUAUAACAGUGGUACUGGAGUUUAUGGUCAUCGACCCAAAGAACGAAGUCAUUUUCAAGUUUCAGAGAAGAAAUUGGAAACGAGAGCGAGGAACAGUAAUUUUUUUCGACUAGUGACAGCAUUUCGUGAACACGCCCAUAAAGAAGCGAAUAUAGAUCCGGUUUCAUUCACAAAACAAGAAUCACUAACGGAAUUAAAUCCUAAAAAUUAUGGACUCAAUUUAUCGGAUUGUGUAUCAUUUGAAAAUUUGCUUAUCACAGAAAAAGCAAAUGGUAGCAUCGCUGAGGCUGUCGAAAUUUUGAAAAAUAUUUACUGCAAAAAUAUUGGCGUUGAAUUUACUCAUUUAGAGAGCGAAGAAGAGCGAGAAUGGUUUGCAGAAAACUACGAAAAAUUCUAUCAAGAAACCCUAAACGAGGAAACUCGUCGUGGAAUUGCAAAGGAAAUGCUAAAAAGUCAAGCUUUCGACAAUUUUCUUGCAGUGAAAUUUGUCACAGUAAAACGUUACGGAGGAGAAGGAGCCGAAAGUAUGAUGGCAUUUUGUAGGGAACUUUUUCAACUCUCAUCAACUGAAUUGGAACACUUGGUUUUGUGUAUGCCACAUCGGGGACGUUUAAAUUUUCUCACGGGAAUGUUAAAUUUUCCACCGGAAAAAUUAUUUCGAAAAUUACGUGGUAUUCCAGAAUUUCCCGACAAUGCAAAAGCCACAGGCGAUGUGAUAAGUCAUUUUAUAUCGUCAAUGGAUUUUAAUACAACCGGUAAGAGUCUUCAUGUUAGUAUUUUACCAAAUCCAUCUCAUCUUGAGGCAGUUAAUCCCGUUUCAAUGGGAAAAACACGUGCCAUUAUGCAGGCAAUUAACGAUGGUGAUUAUUCGGAAAAUAAAUCAUCUCGAUGGAGUGACAAAGUUCUAAAUGUUCAGAUUCAUGGAGACGCGGCUUACGUGGGACAAGGAGUAAAUCAAGAAUGCCUGGCACUAAGUGGAUGUCCACAUUUUGAAAUUGGUGGCACUAUUCAUUUGGUGGUAAAUAAUCAAGUUGGAUUCACUACUCCAGCGUCGCGUGGUAGAUCCACUAGAUAUUGCACCGAUCUGGCAAAAUUUAUAAACGCUCCUGUUAUACAUGUCAACGGUGAUGAUCCCGAGAUGGUAGUUCGUGCCACAAGAAUUGCAUUCGCCUAUCAGAGAAAAUUCCGCAAAGACGUAUUUGUGGAUUUAAAUUGCUUUAGAAGAUGGGGACACAAUGAACUCGAUGAUCCAACAUUCACGAAUCCUUUGCUUUACAAAAUUAUUCAAAAUCGUUCAUCUGUUCCAGAUGCUUAUUUGGAAAAAUUAUCAUCGACAAAUGUUCUAACUAAAGAAGAGGGAAAAAUGAUUGUCAAUGAUCAUACUGCAUGGUUGGCAAAUGCUUUGAGACAAGCUGACGAUUAUAAUCCACAGCCAACGUAUUUUAGUGGUUGGUGGUCAAGAAUAAAACAAGCUGAUUCUGCAGUAACCACUUGGAAUACCGGUGUGGAUUCGAAUAUAUUGAAAUUUGUCGGCAAUCAAAGUGUUCAAUUUGAAAAAGAUUUUAACAUACAUCCACAUAUUCUGAAAUCGCACGUGAAUUCAAGAUUGAAAAAAAUUGAAUCAGAAGGACAAAUUGAUUGGUCAACAGCUGAGGCAAUGGCUUUUGGAAGUUUACUCUAUCAGGGAUACAAUGUUAGAUUGAGUGGUCAGGACGUUGGUCGAGGAACAUUUUCCCAUCGACACGCAAUGCUUGUUGAUCAAAUUAGUGGAGGGAUUCACAUUCCAUUGAAUUCAAUGAUAAAAGAACAAAAGGGAAAAAUCGAAUUGGCUAACAGUAUUUUGUCAGAGGAGGCGGUAUUGGGUUUUGAGUAUGGAAUUAGUAUUACAUCACCGUCGACAUUGGCAAUUUGGGAAGCGCAAUUUGGUGAUUUUUUCAAUGGUGCACAAAUAAUUAUCGAUACAUUUUUAACGAGUGGCGAAGCAAAAUGGAUGCUGAGCAGUGCACUAACAAUGCUUUUACCACAUGGUUACGAGGGAGCAGGACCAGAGCAUAGUUCCUGUCGAAUGGAGAGAUUUCUUCAAUUGACCGAUAGCAAGGAAACAAAACCUGAUGGGGAGGAUGUUAAUUUUCAAAUUGCCAUUCCCACAACACCGGCACAAUACUUUCAUCUACUUAGAAGACAAGUGGUGAGGGAUUUUCGAAAACCGCUGAUUGUCGUUACACCCAAGGUUUUACUUCGUCAUUCGGCUGCAGUUUCGGAUAUUGUGGAUAUGACGCUGGGGACUUGUUUUAAAACUGUAAUAGGAGACGAGAAAGUACAGAAAGAAAAUGUCCAGCGAAUUUUGCUUGUCAGUGGAAAACAUUAUUACAAUUUGAUUCAACAGAGGGAAAUUUUGGGAGCGACAAACAUAGCAAUCAUUCGAAUUGAGAGCCUUUGUCCAUUUCCGGUUAUGGAACUAUUGGAAGAAAUUGAAAAAUACAAACAUGCGAGCACUUUUGUCUGGAGUCAAGAGGAGCCGAGAAAUAUGGGAGCUUGGUCAUUCGUUAAACCACGAUUUGAAAAUCUCUGCGGUAGAAGGUUGCAGUUCUCGGGUAGGGAAUCCUUACCAGCACCGGCAGUCGGCGUUGGUCGUGUACAUCAACAAGAAGCCGAGGAAGUGAUAAAAAAACCUUUCGCUAUAAAGUAGAAUUUUUUUUUUUUAAUAAUUUAUUUUUUUCCCAACUAUAUGUUAAAUAUUAACCUUAAUCUAUAUACAUAAUUUGAAGAAAGAGAAA